UUUUCCUAGCCGGUAGACAUGCAUAACAACGUGUUGGACUUUAUUCAUACAUCUAUUAUUGGUAAAGUUAUCUUACCUCUUUGCAACACUUAUCUGGUAAGGUAGACUUGUGUCGAAAAGUCCCGUCUGCUAGCUUUAACACGACUUAAAGAGGCAACGGUUACUUUUGAUCCACCAUCACUUCCGCUUCUGUUAUUCUGAAGCUGCGAGUUCACUUCAGGUGACAAACAUACACUGUAGACGUAAACCUGUGGGGUGGUCGGGAGCAGGGGUGCUGCCCAAAUUCACAUAAAUUGUCUUUAUCAUGGCUUACAACAAAGAGGCUGAAUCCGAGCCUCGAAUCUACGGUUAUACCAGAACAGCUACCACAGUGCUCACACACUUUAUGUGCAUCUCCUUCACUGUGUUCAUUGCAGUUCUGUCUCGACCGGGUACAAGUUUGUUUUCUUGGCAUCCCUUCUUCAUGACACUGGCUUUUUCCUUCUUCAUGACAGAAGCCAUACUCCUGUUCUCCCCCCACGGCUCCCUCGCCCAAAAGUUUCCACACAAGACAAAAGGUCGUGCUCACUGGAUCCUGCAGUGCCUCUGUGUUACCUGUGCAGUCCUGGGUCUGGCAGCCAUCGUUUACAACAAACACCUGAAUGGUAAACCCCACUUCACCUCAUGGCAUGGUCUGCUGGGCCUGCUCACAGUGUGUGUGGUGGGGCUGCAGUCUGUGGCAGCACUGCCUCUCAUCUACCACUCUCUGGCCAAAGGCUGGUCCCUGGCGAAACUCAAACGCUACCAUGCAGCAUCCGGGCUCGUCACGUACCUGCUGGGCAGUGGCAGCCUGCUCCUGGGCCUCAGCUCUGCAUGGUUCACUGCGUCUGUCGGGGAAUACACCUGGUACCUGUCAGCACUCUGCACUGCUCUCAAUGCCCUCGUCAUAAUGAACCAAGUCAGCAGGGCGUACACGGCUAAAAAACGGUUGCAGUCCUGAAAGAAGACACAGAAUUGACAAUUUAAUAUAACACUCACUGAAUACUAGAGCAAGGUUGGCCUCAACAAUUUCAUUUUUCAGGCACUUGCAAUCAGCUUGAUUUGCAUGAAAGUCAAAAAGGAACUAAUGUCUGUAGCUUGUUAUAUCAUGAAGCACCAGUGCCAAAUGUUGAUGCAAUCAUUUUAUUUUUUUACAUGCUAUUCACAGGUCCAUUGAGGUUAUUUCAUCUGCAUUUAUUUUGUUGGGAUUUGGGUCAUUUUUUAU